GUUCACUGAUUUCUCAAAACGCGCAUGCAACCUGACUGAUUUCCACAAUCUGGAGCUAUUGGUACAGAUAGUUUGGACUUCUACUCUGUCUGCUGAAGAUCAUGUCUUUGUUUCAGUAAACCUGUAGAUUGAAUACGAUCAGUUCGCGCCAAACCAUCUUGUGGACGGGUGACAUCCGGCGUACAUAUUAGCCAUAGUUUGUUGCGUGUUUCAUUAGUGAACUCUAGUUAACUUGUUAUUGUUUGGAAAUAUGGCAUGUGCUACGCUUAAACGAACCCAUAACUUUGACAUCAUGGAAGCGACUUGUUCCAAAAGAAGGCGAUACCAAGCUUUAACUCGGAACUGCAACACGGAAGCAGCAGCGUCAGAAUCCCCAUUCAUCCCGAAGGAGUUAUCAACCCAAAUUGCUUCGUGCAGUGGUAGUUUUCGAUCCAUGGCAUUGCGGUCACCUACUUCAGAUAGUCAAGACUCGGAUAGUGAUCAGUCACCUUUGCGUACCAGUGAACCGAUAUUCCAAACACUUGAGAAUGUCUCAGUUGUCUCCUCACAAUCUUCUUUGAAACCUACACAUACCAUCGAUUCAAUGCCGAUCUUCACCUUACCCCAGGUUACGGCUCUUUGUGAGCGCUUAAUCAAAGAACGAGAAGCAGAGUUACGAGAAGAGUAUGACAGUAUAUUAUCUUGUAAAUUAGCAGGUUAGUUCAUAAUUUGAUGGUUAGUGUAUACUAGUCUUGAAUAUAAACUCUGUUUUCCAAAUUUUCUGUCCGAGCAGGCUUAAUCUAGGGAAAGUAAUAGUUGAUUUUAAAUGUUUUUCCUGCAAAGGGACUGUGUAUGUAGGAAUCUAAAUAUCAUUUCAUAAUCCAGGAACUUCAGUACCAAACAUUAACACUGAGUGUCUAGUUAACUGCAGCAACAUUUUAAACUCAUCUGUCGUAAAGUAGAAUUUCAUUAUUUGCAAUAAAGAACGUAUACGGUCUAGUAAACGGAAUGCUCAUCAAUGGAUGAACGUAGUGGUAAGAUGUAACUGGGUGAUUGGUGCUCAUAAGACUGGAUUAUCGAUUCAGAUCUUCCAAUGAACUGAUGUUAAUGGUCAUUAGUCAGAAGAAAAAGUUGUUUUUUAAAUGAAAGUUUGCUUAUAUACGAAUUAUUGACAAAAAAAUGAACAGGAUUAAAUGUCAUGGGAAAUCUGUAUUGUAGGUCAUUUACUCCAUAACAGUUGGGCCUAAGCCCUUCUCACUGUGUGACCAUCAGUUCAAUCAUCUGGUACCUUCAGUAUUAGAUUUCUUGUUACAGUCGUAGUUAAUUCAGGAACAUUAUUUGUUAAUGUGCCACAUGUUAUUUAUGUCCAUAACUAACUAAUCAGAUCGCCCUUUAAGCACCCAACACGUCAAUCUGGUCUGAUGUGUCUGUGGACUAUCUCUAUUGCAUAUGACCUGCCAAUUGAAGGACAUUAUCCCAUUAUAUUACUGUGACUCAUUUUUAUUCAUUUCAUUAAGACACGCAAUACUGGUCGGUAUGUUUGUGUGUCCCACUCAAUGAUUAUAAUUUCUUUAGCUAUUGUACGAAUCAAAUUGUUAUUUUUACGUUUAGAAACAGAUAAAGUUUAUCAAGCCAAAUAGCCUACUUGUUCUGACUUGGCUAAGCUAAAACUGUACUCGACAGUCUAGGGAAUAGUUAAGAAUUACGUAUGUAGGCAAUUACUUUCUACACCAGAUAAUGUAAUACUUUCGAUUGCUUGUAACCACAGACUAUCAGCUUGUUCAAAUCUGUUUAUAUUCUGUUGAGAAUGUAUAACUUUUAAAGAACAGUAUUCUAUUCAAAAAUUUCAAAUAUUAGCGUAGUUGCAACAGACUGUCAAGUCUCAGACCAUCGUGUGGAUUAUCGUCGUAUCAUUACUAGUCUUAAAUGCAACAUUAUCAUUCGUCUGAAAAGUGUAGUGACUUACACUUUCAAUACAUUUGUACAACAAACCAGUUAUUCACAACUCUAGUCUUAAUAUGACAAGCGAGGCUGCUUGAUUUAUUAACACUUAAGCUAGUCGGCUUAUAUACCGAUUAUUUAUUACAAACUUUGUCAGACUGAUCGAUCAUCAUAGUUAAUUUAUGAAUACAAUAAGGUGUUUUAAAAUCAAAUGGCUAAUUUUAUAUUGAAUAGACUGAUACAAACAGGAAUUCACUAAAAGUUAGUGGACGAGAAUCAGUCUGAAUUAAUUAACGUGAAAAGUUAAGUUGGUAGACGGAAUUCAUUUCAAAUAAGAACGUUAUUUUUAAAACUGAAUGUCAUAUUUCGGGAUUCAACAUGAACAACAAUUUCCCAUGGAGACUAAUUUGACUAACUAGACCGAAAAAUACAUUCAGACGGAUCCGGAUUGCCUUAUACAAUCGAUUUGUGCUACAAUAACAGUGAUAUUAGUUCAGCCCAGUCUGUUCUACUGAAAUGAAAUUUUGAUACUUUAUGUCAACACUAUUCUGCCAGUCAAAUAUUAAACUACAUUACUUGAAGACGUAUUUUGCCUAGGCGGUUCUCCACAAAAGUAUAUAUUUCGUUCACGGUACAUACAACAACAACCAGACGUAGGUAAAAAGAGAACCAACAUCUUUAAAGAGGCAAAAGUAAGAUUCUCAAAGUAACUGGUUCAACAUGGUUAAAACAAAACGUAAUUUUUUAAACCUCUGUCAAUUGAAUCUUCAUUUACAUUUCAGAGCAAUAUGAAGCAUUUCUGAAGUUCAAUCACGAUCAACUCUACAGUCGAUUUCAGAACUCCCCAAUGAGUUGUAAGUUUUCCAUCGUAUUUGUUCAGGAUGAUUGCGUUCUUUUUAGUUGGCUAUGAACUAGUUCUCGUUUGAACAUUGCCGUAUUUCCCAUUCUAAGUCAAAUGAUAUUUUCCCAUAUAUUGUCCUGAACUCUAUGUCUAGGUUCAGUUUAUUAGGCAAAGUAAUUGUUUAUCGAAUCUGGCUUUUUGAAUGCUUUGAUGUUAUAGUCUAUUUAAGAAAUAAUCCAAGCAAGGAUUCACGCAGAAAAUUUGUUUGCUGAUUUCAUGAAUAAAUAGGUUCGAAAUUUCACUAAAGCAAACCAUAACCCUGUCCUUCGUUAGAUUCAUUAGUGAUAACGUCUAAAUAUUUAUCGCCACUCAGAAGCCCACACUUUUGUUUGGUUUCUAUUGAUCAUCGACUUAAACACCACCAAAACUUCUAAAUCAUAUUUUCUAUCCAUUCGAUUAUCUUUUACAAACAAAGGUGUUCAUAUGUCAUUGGUUUUGAAAUUCAGUCAUCAAAGUGGUUAUUUAUAGACUUUCACAAAUUCUACUCGUUUUUGGUAAGAAUUUGGAGCAUGCAUAAAAAAGAUAUGGUUAGUAAAUUGAUUUACGGAAAAUUGUUGGAACCAAUCGUUUUACAAAGAUAUCCAACAGGAUUGUUAAGUUUACUUUCAUAUAAAGAUAAUACUCAUAAUCUUGGUGUAGGCCGUUGCUGGAUUCUUCAUCGGUAAAAACGGAGUUAAAUUUAGUUUGACUAAACAUUCAUCCAAACAAAAUGUUUUAUUCCUUUAUGACCACUUUUUACGCCAAAAUUUUCCCGACACUGAGCAUUCUUUCUGUCGUAAAGUGCAACCGUUAUCAUAAUUAGGGACCCAAAUCGCAGAUAAUAAUUUAAAAUGUAAUAUUUUCAAAACAUUUAAUUUUUGAUUUUAUUUCCAGAUGUGUCCUGAGAAAUGUCACGUAAAUCACACGAUGGAAUUUUCUAUCCCCCAAAACUAUAUACUGCCUUCCAUCUGGUACUGCAUUAUUGUUGGACUGCUUGAGUUAUUCUGAAGAUGAACUUUAACCUUGUGUUCUUGUUUCUCACGUGCAACCUCAACUGCCUUUUCCCGAUCUCUAAGCGUUUGCCAACCACAUUGUUUCUUGUGUUUCAAAAAUUUAUCAUAAUUGUACUCGUAUAGCUAGUACGCGCCAUACGUUGCAUGUAAUGGGAAUUGUCAGAUCAAUGCUCAACUAUUUUCUGUAUCUCUUACCAUAUAUUCUCUGUGAUGAAUAAUUUUGAAGGCCUGUUAACAUACUUAGAAGUUUUAUGCCUUUUAAAUUAAGUAAACCUGGUAAAUAAAUGUGAUCGUUCUCAGUUAUUUUUUUGCUAGAUUAGAAUAAAAGAGUUAUGGUUCCCAAUCCCUUGAGUUUAUAAAAGAUAGUAAUUUAAUAUGUGCUUUGAAAUCUUACUAAUAUUAUCAUCGUCAAUAUUAUCUGUAAUUAAUCAUAUUUUUACGAAGGAUAUAAUAUUCGCCUCCUACUACGGUUUCUGGUACGCUUGUAAUUGUAGCAGGACUGGGCCACUGAAUAUGUUUUGCCACAAAAAUCUAAGAGCAGUAAAAGUACAGUAGAUAUUUUCUUUAUCUGGCCGAUGGGAAUUAAGUACCCGGAAAAACAUACUAAUGUAAAAUAGUCAAAACCCGUGACCAGUGGUCUAGACAUGUCGGAUGCGAUAUCUACCGCAUGCAGUGAAAGACGAUCGCGAUGCUGAGCUUAGAUAUGUACAUAAUUGGUAGCAAGACUCCAUGGUCUAGAUGUCAAGAGUUGUCAUAUGGAACAGAAAACCUUGUGAUAGGGACGUGCAUGUGAACGGUUGAAGAUACCCCGUCGGAAUGGAACUCGUCACUACAAUUCAACUCCCUCGACUGAGGAGGCGUCUGACGGCGAGGAUAGGAGUACCUUCUUGGACACUGAUAAUAGAAGGUCGUCAACAUCAUACAGGAUUCAUGCCACGGACCACGCUGCAGAGUCGUGCAUAGAGGACAGCUGACAGGCUCGUUCAAAAUGAGUAGCGUAGUCAGAUAAAAAUGCUUACUGCCACUCUUCUAGCGGUUGACUGGAUUAUGAAGACUAUCUGAGGGGAAGCACGGAAUACAAUCGACAACUAGACGAUUUGAGCUCAGACCAUCUAGCACUUCUAUUCCAUACACACGAACAAUUAAGGGUCGAGAUAACCAGUUUAGCAGCAGUAAAGGGAAAUAACAAGGCCCUCAUAUACAACACGGAGAACUCCGACCCUUUCAAACUUGGUGGCGAAACUCUGGAAGGUGUGGGGACUCACGUACCUGAACAGCAGUACCGUCGACGAACAAGAAGGAUCUGAUGCAGUGACGUAAGGGUGAGAAUUGGCAAAGCAAUAGCGGUAUUCCUACAGUUGAACAAAAUAUGCAACUCGAAGCAACUGUCAACUAAUAUCAAAGUCGAAAUCUUCAGUGCGGACGUCAAGACAGUUGUAUGGUACGAAGCUGAAAAUUGGAGAACUACAACCAUCAUCAAAAUAGUACAACUAUCUCUAAAGAAUUGUCCACGUAAGAAACUGAAUGUCUGUUGACCGGAUACCGUCAGCAAGAGCUCACUUAGGGAGAAAGCAAACCAGCUUUCAGUUGAAGAGGAAAUUGGAAAAAGAUGUUGGACGUGGACAGGAAAUGCAUUGCUGAAAUCACCAAACUACAUCACAAGGUAAGUGCUAACUUGGAAUCCUGAAGAGAAACGGAACAGUGCAAGGCCAAAGAACACUGUGCCGAGAAUUACAAGCAAGCACGGAAAGGAUUGCCCAGGACAGUUUGAUGGAGAAUGCUGGUGGGCUGCCUAUGCUUCUCCACGGUCGGUUACAGUUGUAAGUAAAGAAUGCCUCCUGGUUCUUGGUGGGAACCAAGCUAAGACUAACUCCUAAGUUCAAAUAGCAAUUCUCACUUUUACGACAAAAAAUAACUCACAAAACCGUAGAAUUAUGGUACAGUCGCUGUGCCAUUGAGUUUUGUUCCUUUGCCUGUAAUAUCGAACAACAGAUCUCAGCUAGUCGCAACUACUCUUCAUGAUUACGAUACACUUAAGAAUAUCAAAUUUAAAUGUUUGUUAAACAAAGCUAAGACGUUAUUAUUCAAUCACAACAAUGGAUUUUCAAAUAUUCACCAUAACACAACUUGCAUGUGCAUAGGAUAGAGGUUCAGGUCAGCUUUCAGUAAAUGCACAUGUCCGAACGAGGAAGGGC